AUGGUGCAUAACGAGGACCCUCCUCCACCUUCUUAUGAUGAAGCAAUAAAAGAGAGCGCGCUGCCGUUCGGACCUGAAGAACGGCCGCCCGCGAUGCCGGCUCGGCCGUCCACAUAUACGCAUCGGCCUCCUGCGCGGCCCCCCAGGCCGGUGAGUAGCGCUGGCCCUUCGGGCCCAAGCGCCUACGGUGCUUCAUCUCCCGGGCCCUCCGCUGCGAGCUCCUCAUCGUUCCAGUCUUAUGGAGGCUCGUCCUACACCGCACCUGCGGCCUCGCAGAGCACAAGGCCUUCGCUUCCCUGGACCUACCCACGAGGGUACUACUGCACAAAGUGCGGAAACACGGGCUACAAGAUCAAGAACGGACACUCUUGCAAGCGGUGCUGGAGAAAGUUUGCGCAUUCCUCGCCAAGCCAAAACGUCCAAGUCACGUACGGUGGAUACGCUCCCAGCUAUGCUCUCUACGGGGGCGCGCCUACCUUUGGUACCGUCCCAAUGGCUAUGGGUGUGUCGCCGGCUAGCCCUGCUCCAGCCUCGGGCGGGGCGCCCUUGGUCCUAAGACCCGGGGACCCGAGAAUUGGAGGUGUAACAUGCGGCGAAUGUCGCGGGAGCGGCAGAGUACGUUUUCUGCUAGACAAAGAGAUAUGUCCUCUGUGCCAUGGUGUCGGAAGAGUACUUUAA